UUGAGGCAGCAGCCAUAUACUGCAAGAAAAUACUAGAGAGAGAACUCUUGUUGGACGAUCUCAAAAAAAACUUUUUGGUUGUUAAUUGUGGAGGCGGUAUAGUUGAAUUAACCCUUAGACAACUGUUAUCAAAUAAUCAAUUGGCAGAAAAGUCAUCAACUUCAAGUAAACAAUGUGGAUCGAUUUAUGUGAAUAAAGAAUUUCUUGCAUUUAUAGCAAAAAAAGUUGGUCUAGAUGCCUUGGAGAAACUUCAAAGCAACCAUUAUGAACAGUUACAAUACAUGGUUCAACAAUUUUGCAAAAAUUGUAAAGUAAGAUUUACUGGGAAUAAGGAUGAUUUUGAACCUUAUAAGAUGGAUCUUGAAGAUAUUUGCCCCGCCAUCAAAGUUUAUAUUACUGAACCUUAUAAAGAAGUAUUGGUGAAAAACAAUUGGCUUAUAAUCCUUACAUAUGAUGAUGUUAAAACAUUGUUUGAACCGAUUAUAGAUCAAAUAAUCAAAUUAAUUCGUGAACAAUUAUAUUCCAUAAACACUUGUUUUGCUAUGGUCUUAGUAGGUGGUUUUAGUCAGUCAGAAUAUUUGCAAACGUGUAUCAAAAAAGAAUUUGAUCAAACGAUUAAGCAUAUUUCCGUACCCAAACAAUUAUUUGCAACGAUAGAAGGGGCGCUUGAAUAUGGAUCAAACACGAAAUUAAUAUAUUCACGUGUGAUUACCAUGACUUAUGGAAUUAGAACAACUUCUCCUUGCAAAGAAGAUCAGAGAAAAAGAUUUUUGAGAUUAGUAAAAAAGGGUACAGAUGUGCAAGUAAAUCAAGAAUUUGAAUAUGAAAUUCGUCCAUGUUAUAAAAAUCAAACAGAAUUUUCAGUUGAAUUGUAUGCUACGACGGCAUCAAAUGCUAUAUAUUGUGAUGAACCUGAUAUGAAACAAAUUGGAACAAUUGACAUAGUAGUCCCGAAAUCAUGGUCUAAUCAAUUCAUAAAUCUUGUAUUGUUUUUUGGACAAAUCGAAUUACAUCCUUAUGUAAGGAACCGACAAGGGGAAAUUUUGUCGGCUAAUUUUAAUUUAUUAGAUUUAUGA